AUGAGGAAACGUGUCACACUUCGUGUUAUGUUUGGAAUAACAACUGUCCUUUCAGUAUCGAGUUUUGUUCAUUACUUAUGUCUCCGCUACAAGCCAACUCCUACUUGUGGACGUAACUUUCGUAAGUAUCCAUAUUCGGUGUUUACGAUGUCAAAUGGGAUAUGGAGGCGAAAUUCUGAUGUUUGUGGAGAGUGUCCGGAUUUUUGGAAUACAACUCUUGUGUCGCCUGCUGGGAAAACGUCAAUGUUCAUUCAUAACCCAAAAUUCGAUGAAACUAUAUCCGCCACUCUAAAACGGAAGCAUACGUACGAACCGGAAACAUCCAAUGUGUUAUUUCAUCUGUUGAAAAAUGAACCGGAAGCAAAUUUCAUCGACAUCGGUGCAAACAUAGGUGUGCAUACAUUGCCGAUUGCUCAAUAUGGUCGUAAAGUUAUUUCAGUUGAAGCGUUACAUUUUAAUAUCGAACCCUUAUGUGCUUCCGUAGAUGUAGGGAAUUUGCACGACAGAGUUACCAUAGUACAUAAUGCUAUGACCAAUCAGAGAGCGACAGUAAACCUUGGAGCUGAGGACGGAAAUCUGGGAGGAACAUUUGUUGAUAUGGACUCGAAACAUAUUAAAGCAUUAAAACAGACAAGAGUCAACGGCAUCUGGCUGAAUCCCGUAAACACUGUAACGUUCGAUGAUCUUCUAGAUUUACCUGUGAUUCGUGACUUCCCGAAGGUAUUGGUUAAGAUAGAUAUAGAGGGAUCGGAACACAAAGCCUUACAAAAAUCAAAAACUUUUUUCAAAAGAACAAAAGUUAUAGGAGUUUUAAUGGAAUGGGAAUUUCACCGUAUGAUGCCUUCUGGAGACGACAUUAUCAGGUACAUGGGAAACUUGAAUUUCGCGCCAUAUUUUCCAAGUAAGGACAAGAAACUUCUAAAUACAAAAGAAAGCAACGAUUGGCCAUACGACGUCAUGUGGCUCCCUAAAUAG